AUGGAUGAUACUGGAGGUGCUUCUAUUAGAAGUAAAACUAAAAGUAGAGACCAGGAAGAUGAAUCGGAAGAAGAAGUGUGGGAUAGUGAGGAUGAAGAUGACACCAUCGCGAGGAUUCAGCGUGCUCAUUACGCGCAAGCAGCUGCUAUGAAUCCUCGCAGGCGAGCACCCCCACGCCCUAAACCUAUGAGUAACAAAAGAAAAUUAGAAGCUGUCAAGAAUUUUCAUGAUUUUACAAAAAAAUUAAAAAAAGACACUGGUAUAACAAUUCGUAGUUUAGUAGGAAACAAUAUAUUAGAACUAAGUGAAUUUUCUAGUGAAGGUAGUGAAUCAGAUAGUGAUGGAUUGUCAGAGGAAGAGUUUGUUGUUAAUCCUAAUGCAGUGCAGGAGUUAGAAGAAGAAAAUGAAAGUUACAUUGAUCCAGAAACUGGUGAUAUUUUGGAAUAUAAGAACUCAAUACAGAAACCUGUGCACAGUGAACACAAAACAAAUUCAGAAGUAGAACAUCAAAACAUGGAACCUAAAACUCUUUCUAUAAGUGAUAUAAUUAAUGAAGGUGAUAUUGAUUUGAGUAAGAAUGUUGAAAUUGCUGAAGUGGAAACAAGUGAGUUAUGUUCAGAAAAAUGUCCUGAAGAUUUAUUGAAUAUUAAGCGAGAAGAGGCUACACAAGAAUUUGAGGAAACAAACAAAUGUAAUGAAAUGGAUGACAAAGAGACUCAACCUGGUAAAAAGUUAGGGGAAGAUAUGGAUUCAGCACAGGAUGAUCAAAAGCUGGAUGGUGAAGAAGAGAAAAAAACAUCUAAUUUAAAUGCAUUGAAUGUCAGAAGAAAUAUUCGAGAAGUUAUGGAUGAAAAGAACUUGGAUGCUUCUACCUUAGCAGCACAGAGACAGGAAUCUGAACGUCUGGCUCGUGUUCAAGAACAACAAAGAAUCAUAAGAGAGGUACAAAGGCAAAUAGCAAUAAACAGACAAAAUAAAAUUCAUCAGAAGACUCUUUCCCUUUUACAAGGUGGAUCUUCAUUAUUAAAACGGACAGGAGCUGGACAAAAAUUGAAUUUACCAAAUACAGUAUUAGUAAAGUUACCAUCGGGAGAAACAAAAAAAACUACUUUAAAGCAAGGACAAGUUGAGGUAACAAAAGUCCCAAAACCAACAACAUCUGGUUCAAUUUUCCCUCAAAAAAUUGGCAGACCUGAUCAAAAAUCUGAGAAGAAAGAGGUUGUUGAAAUAGUAGAUAGUAGUAGUGGUGAGGAGUCCUCAUCAUCAUCUUCAGAUUCCGAUGAUUGUAUAAUGUUAUCCGAUUCAGAAGUGCCACCAAGUCCUGAAGCUGAUGAAGAUCCAGCCAAUUCUGGUUUACAUGUAAAUGAUGCUUAUAAUAUACCAGAUGAGCAAGGUCGCGUAUUGAUUAACAUUGGUCAUCCAGAAACUGAAGGGGAUAUAUUUUUAGCUCCACAAAUAGCAAGGAUUAUUAAACCACAUCAGAUUGGAGGUGUGCGUUUUUUGUUUGAUAACAUUAUAGAAUCGGUGGAAAGGUUCUCAACAUCAACCGGGUUUGGAUGCAUACUAGCACAUUCUAUGGGCCUUGGAAAAACAUUGCAAAUUGUGUCUUUCUGUGACAUUUUUCUGAGACACACAACAUCUAAGACUGUUUUAUGUAUUAUGCCUAUCAACACUCUUCAGAAUUGGGUAGCAGAAUUCAAUAUGUGGCUUCCUUUGGAUGCAACAAAUAGUCCACUUUCAGCUCAUGGAGAAGUGAGACCCCGAAAUUUUCCAAUAUAUGUACUGAAUGACAGUCAUAAGACUCUUCAGAUGCGAGCCAAAGUUGUUAAGGACUGGACAUCUACAGGUGGAGUGCUUAUGAUAGGUUAUGAAUUAUACAGACUCUUAAGCAUGAAAAAGGACAAAAAACCUCGUAAGAAGAAAAAAGCAGAUGCGAAAGCUGAUGCUGAAAAGGAGAAAGAUAAAGAAGGGCUGAAACCUGAUAAAACAGACUUAAAUGAAGAUACUCAGGGUUCUGAAAGCACAAUUUCAAAACCAUCAGAAGAAUCACGGUUUGAGAGAGAUGAUGGUGAAAGUCAGAGCAGAACUGAUCCAGAAGUUAAAGAUGAAAAGAAAGAUGAUGCUCCAACUGAUGAAGAGAAAAAGCUUUUAGAUGAAAUGUAUGCAGCGUUAGUCCGGCCAGGACCAGACUUGGUCAUAUGUGAUGAAGGUCAUAGAAUAAAAAAUUCCCAUUCAAAUAUAUCUUAUGCAUUGAAGCAAAUGAGAACAAAACGACGAGUUGUACUUACAGGAUAUCCAUUACAAAAUAAUUUAUUAGAAUAUUGGUGCAUGGUAGACUUUGUGCGACCAAACUAUCUUGGCAGUAAGACUGAAUUUUGCAAUAUGUUUGAACGGCCCAUUCAAAAUGGUCAGUGCAUAGACUCAACUCCACAAGACAUAAGACUGAUGAGAUAUCGUGCGCACGUUUUGCAUUCAUUACUUGUGGGAUUUGUGCAGAGACGUUCUCAUGCUGUGCUCCAGUCAACUUUACCACAAAAAGAAGAAUAUGUUCUUCUUGUACGUAUGACGCCAUUGCAACGGAAAUUAUACGACAGAUUUAUGAACGAAGUUGUUCGAUCCACGUCAGUGCCAAAUCCAUUAAAAGCGUUUGCUAUUUGUUGCAAGAUAUGGAAUCAUCCAGAUGUACUAUACAAUUUUCUUAAAAAACGAAGCGAAGUUAACGCUGCCGCGGAGGAAGAUCUGGAUUUAGAGGAAAUAGGAGGGGUUACUAAAACUGGCCGAAAAACUAAAGGGAAUACUAAAAAGGCAACUAAGCCACGGGGAUCAAAGAAACCUGCUGCAACAAUCUCUCCGAAUACGACUGGUCCAGGAAAUCAUCCAGAAUCCGGUGCUUUCGGAAACGCACAAUUUCCAACGAGCGGGUCGUACGGCCCUCAAGGACCUCCAGGAGUGCCCAAUUCCUACAGACCUGACCGUCCUGAGGGUCCGUACUCUCGUUAUCCUGAGUACCACAAUGCAGGGUCAGGUUACUACCCUCCUACCCAAGCAUUUAAUCAAGAGUUUAACAGUAAUUAUUACCAACAACAACAACAACCACAACAACAGUCUCAAUAUGGCAACAACUAUCAAAACCAGUAUCCACAAAGUACUUCUGAUUGUAGUCAAGGAUACAAUCAAAACUACUGGAACAAUAGUAAUUAUUAUGGUAACACAGGAUACUAUAACAAUGCACAGUAUCCUGGUGCGCCGCAGCAGACUGGUUUUACCAACAAUCCACCGGCAAACUUCAAUAACCAACAAACUUAUCCUACGAAUUUCAAUGCGAUAGACUCAAACAGGCAGUCUUAUCCUGCCAGCCAAGUGCCGCAGUAUCCUGGAAAUCAAGAAAAUUUCGCCAAUCAACUCAGACCUCCAUUUCAAGGGCCCCUCAAUGAAAGCUCUUCUAGCGGUUAUCCAACCUUUAAUUCGAAUGCAACUGCAGCAUCUAAUAACUAUCCAAAUAAUCAAGUACCUCAGGAUUACUCAAGCACACCUUUUCAGCCCACGCAGUUUCCCGGAAAUAGCUCGGCUUAUGGUUCCAGUUUGCCACCAGCUUAUAAUCAGUACGAUAACCAUAAUACAGAUUUCGGUGGUUACGAGAAUAACAUGCCACCAAAUGCGGUUCAAAAUAAUCCGAUUCCCAAUCAAACGAGACCUAAGACAGAAAUGGACAUGGAUCCAAACUAUCUGGCCGCCGAGCGUAAAGCCGAUCCUAAUUUUUCCCAGAACGCUGCUGUGCCGUUCGAGAAUUCUUUCAAUUUUCAUCAGCAAAAUUCACUUUAUCCCGAUCAGUCCGAGACAGGUGCAAACGGUAGCUACUCUUGUCCAUAUCCGGCUUUCACAUCGACCCUUGAAACUAAACCGCCCCUCGGUAGCUCUGGCGGGAGUCCAGUUACAUCGUGGCCGUUAACUGAUGCUUUGAAAACUGAAGUGGAUAAGAUAAAACACGAAGAGAAAACUGAAAUCAAGUCAGAGUCCGACGGCGAGGUGAAAAUCGAAGAUCUGGACACGAAGAAGAUUGUUAAAGAUGAAAUAAAACGAGACACCCGAAAGUUGUCGGCGGCACCGAUUAGUCAGAUUUCAGAAAAUUCUGCUAAAGAUUUAACUUCAAAGGAACAGUCUAAAAGUGAUAAAUCCGAAUCUGAUCUCGAGAUUUCAAAAAAGACAAAACAGAAAGGGCGAGGUAAGGAAACCAAGAAAUCUGACAAACCAACUAAAGGUCGACCGAAGGCUAAAGGAAGGAAGGACAGAAAAGCAUCUAAAGAUAAAAACAACGACGAUUCCGAAUCCGAUAAAAGUGAAAAGGAGGAAAAGUUGAACAAAGAGGAGGAAUUAGCGAUGGUCAAGAAAGCUGAGGAGAUGACUUACGAUUGGGCAACCGAGCUUUUAAAGGACUAUGUACCUGGAUUAGACGGCUCUACGCAUGCAUUGGAACGCGAAAAGUUAAUCAACGAAUUUAAUGCGAAUCCGAACAUAUAUUUGUUUCUUGUUUCCACUCGGGCGGGGUCCCUCGGUAUUAAUUUGGUCGGGGCAAACAGAGUUAUUGUUUUCGAUGCCAGCUGGAACCCUUGUCACGACACGCAGGCUGUAUGUCGUGUCUACAGGUAUGGUCAGAGAAAACCUUGCUUUGUGUACCGUUUCGUCAUGGAUUGGUGUUUGGAGAAGAAGAUCUACGAUCGGCAGAUCAACAAGCAAGGCAUGGCGGAUCGGGUAGUCGACGAGUGUAAUCCCGACGCCGUUCUAUCGAUGAAGGAAAUCACAAACCUCUGUUUCGAUAACGACGAGAAAGAGUCGGAGCCUCAAGAUUUGACGGAGCACAAAGACAAGUACAUUGAUUUGCUUAUGCAAGGCAUUCUUCAAUACCAUGGAAAAUUGCUGAGCAAGGAGCCUUUCCAGCACGAAUCACUUUUGGUUGACAGAAAAGAAAAGAAGUUGUCUAGUGCCGAAAAGAGGCUCGCACAAAGAGGGUACGAGCUGGAGAAGAAGGCCGCGUCGGCGCCGAAGCCGGCGGCCGCCUACCGGGCGGUGCGCGCGGCGGACGGCAGCGUGGUGCAGCGGCCCGUCGCCUCAGUGCGGCCCAUGCAGCACGGCGCGCGCUGGAUACCGGCCGACGUGUGGCGCCGCCAGGGGAUGACCGCGCAGGAGAUGACGCUGCCCCUGGACGUGGUUAUACCGACAAACUCGGCAGAGAAAACGAAUAUUGUACUUAAAGCUGGUCAACGUGUUAUGGUACUAAAAUCGCCCAAAGGAAUUUAUAUGCAGCUUGAGUCUGGUAAAAUAAUUGCAAUCAAAACAUCCCUUAAGGGUUUGCAAAAAGGUUCUGAAGGCAAAGAAGGAAAUCCCAUUGGAAAGAAAGUUCUAGGUACCCGCCCUACGUCAGCGAAUAUUCCGGGAUCCUUAAAAAAUAACUCUGCAAUCACAAUUACAUCUAAAAGCGGCCCAAGGCCCGGCAUUCACAGGGUCAUGUCCAGACCUUCAAUAAUGGGGCCCAAUAAAAUGACUAGGCCUGUAUUUUCCGGACAAAAGAUAGCCGACAUAAGGAAUCGUUUGGGCGAAAUGAGGUCGCAUUCGAGCAUGCGAGCCAAAAUGCCUAUGAGCCAUGCGAGAAUGCUACGGCCAAACCUGCCCGGUUCCGUUAGUAUAACAAGAAUACCCAAAAACGCCAAAAGACCAGCGAACCUUCUCUCCAACGAAUUAAAGAAAAUGGAAUUGGAGUCCGAUGAGGAAACGGAAAUAUUAGAUAGCGACGACGACGGAUCACUUAAGGUUCAAAUGAAAGACUCAAAGGUGCAACGGCCAACUGACUUAAAAGGAAAUAACCCUAAUAGUGACACGCAAACUCCAAGCGCUCCUGAUGAGACCGACAGAGAGAUAGAGCAUAGCCUGGACAAGGAACAGAAAAGCAACGAUAACGAACCCAUGGUCCUUACAACCGACGAGAAAUUGCCACCCGAAGACGCUUUAGAAAGUAAAUCAGCGGAGGAAAACUCCACCGACAUAUCAGACGCGGCUAGCAAUCAAGCAACAAUAGCAAGUAUGGAAGCACAUAAUCCAAUCCAGAUUGAGAAGAAAGUUAAUUUGUUAAAGAACUACAGGCAUCAACGCCCGUGCAGCCGGCCUCAAUCGGAAUCUAGCCUAAUCCAUCUCGAAAGGACGGCGAGCACUUUGAACAAAGACGGCAUUCCGGAUUUUCGAAGGAAUCUGGACGACAUAACGCAAUCUUACUCGCCGAGUGCAGACGAUAGAACCACCGCUAGACCCAAGAAGAAAUCCACAAAAUCAUCACCCAAUAAAACUGAAAUAGCAUCUGAAUCUCAAAACUGCGACAGGCCGACAUUUUCGAAUUCUAACAUGUCCCACAGCGUGUCUAGUCUACUUGGCCCGAGCAGUCAAAAGUCUAGAGUUGCCGAGCCGAAUCUCAGUAACCACUUACCUAAACCGAGAAUGAGUGAGACGGUGGCGCAGAAUUUGUCACAAUGCGGCCCGCGAGCAGGGAAUCCUUUAGUAAUGCCACGCGAUAAUCCCAUGAGUCCACUUCACGAUUUCGCCAUCGGUCCGAGUGUAGAACACGCCAAACACCAGGCUUUGGGCCAAAGUUUGGGAAAUAUUGGUUUGAUGAGCGGCGGUUCCUCCGUUGCCCCAAAUAUCGACGUCAGGAAAGUGCCGGGGUCGCUUGGUGAUCUGUCAACUGGAAGUGCAAUGCACACAAGUUCGCCGCUAACACCCGGACCUACAUAUCCCGCUAACAAUCUGCCUCCGGAGGCACCCUAUGCCCCGUAUCCAGGUUAUGGAAUGGGUUACGGCGCUUAUCCGAACGCACCAUACUACGCGGGGUACGGUGGCCCGUACUAUCCCCCCUACGCGGCACCCCCCACUACCACCCCCUCAGUACCACCACCAGAGCAUUACCUACCUUCGAACCAACAGUGG